AUGCUUGUAAAUCAGGCUUCAAUUGCAAAGCCUUUUCUACAAUCUCCAACACAAUUCCUCCCAUCAACCUUAGAGGAACCAAUUGCAAAACCCUUAGAGGAACCUGAUGUAAGAAAAGGUAGGAAAAAGCCUCCACGACAUCCUCAAUCACCACCCGGUCCACCCCCACCCCCACCACAUCUCACCUUCGACCAUUUCAAGCUGGCGGAAACUUGGCCACCCACGUUCUGUAAAGAUCCUGCGAAUAAUUGUUUUCAUGACUGGCCAACCAUUAACAGGUUUAUAAUUCACGGGUUAUGGCCUGCGAAGAAGGGUAGCGAUGAAUUAAAAGAUUGCGACAAGCAUUAUCACGCGCCAUCUACUGAACAUCUCAAUGGAAUACAUACCAAACUUACUGAUUAUUGGCCAUCGUUACAUAAAGCUCAGUUUCAAGUUCAAGCAAACAUAAAUUUUUGGUUAUACGAGUGGAAAGAGCAUGGAACAUGUUCCGUUCAGCUUUUAAAUUUUCACGACUACUUUAACGUGGCCAUUAAACUUUAUCAAAAACAUAAGAUAUUGGAUAUCCUUAAAAAUGCGGGAAUUAAACCUGGUGGAACGUAUUCUCCAGAUGAAAUUUCUGAUGCGAUAAGCAAGCACGUUCAGUUCACGCCACAGAUUCAAUGUAAGAAGAUUGGAGAAAUUUCUUAUUUAUCAGAAGUAAGACUUUGCUUCACUGCAAGCAAAGAUCCACAGUACAUUAAUUGUGAUCACCAUGGUUCUCUUUUCGGUCAUGAAUGCGAUGCUGAGGUGCAUUUCUGA